AAAUGGCUGUCAGGCGAGCGUGUUUUGGCCUGUUUUGGGUUUUCUUAGGUCUUGCCCUCUGCCUAGAAGUAGAAGCGUCGGAUAACACUCGGGACCUGAGACAACAUUCGCCAAACGAUCGCCCAAAGCAUCAGCGGCCCCACAAUAUGCACCGUCCCAAAUAUAAUGGCUACGAUUGGUACAAUCACUACAAUAUGACGGAGAACUCAGAAUCCGAUAAGCCAGAAGAGACUGAAAAAGGGACUAAAGAAGAGGCUGAAAAAGAUUCUAGAAACGAGAAUUCAUCGGGUGAAAAAGAUCAGUAUCAUGAGAAGCAUACAGAAGAGUCUGCUGAAAACGAUGAUGAAAAAGAUGAUAAGGAUGAGGAAGGCCUCACCGCCGUCAACCUUACAGACGUAGCCAACACCAGCGUAGAUCUCAUAGCCCUAGCUCUCACCGUCGUCAAUCUCACAGUCGUAGCCGAUCAGAACAUAAAUCUCAUAGCCGUAUCAAAUUUCCAAAAUACAGAAACCAAUUAAUUUGAGGCAUGAAAUAGUUCAGUUGCUUAAAUAAAAGGUAUAAAUACAUCUUAUAAA